AUGAGCCGCAAGCGGCAGCUCCUGGCUCCCGAGGCCUUCGCGCCGAAGCGGCGGCGGGCGCAGGGGGCCGAGGGCGCCGAUCCUCUGAAGGCCGAAGCAGGCUCGGCGCGCGCGGCCGUGGCCCAGCUCGCGCAGCUCUUCCCACGAGGCCUGUUCGAGGACACGCUGCCGCCCAUCGUGCUCAGGAGCCAGGUGUACAGCCUGCUGCCCGACCGGACGGUGGCCGACCGGCAGCUGAAGGCGCUCCAGGAGCGGGGAGAGGUCAGAGCCAUCCAGCUGGGCUUCGACUCGGACUCUCACGGGGUUGUCUUCACCGAGGACUACACGGCCUCGGUCCUCAAGGCCUGCGCUGGCCGCCCUUAUGCUGGGGCAGUGCAGAAGUUUCUGGCCGCAGUGCUUCCAGCCUGUGGAGACCUUAGUUUCCAGCAGGACCAAAUGACACAGACCUUUGGCUUCAAGGAUCCAGAGAUCACGCACCUGAUAAGCGCCGGGGUCCUCACUGUUCGCGAUGCUGGCAGCUGGUGGCUGGCUGUGCCCGGAGCUGGGAGAUUCAUCAAGUGCUUCAUUAAAGGGCGCCAGGCUGUACUCGGUAUGAUCCGGAAGGCCAAGUACCGGGAGCUGCUCCUGUCAGAGCUCCUGGGCCGGCGGCCCCCUUCGGCAGUGAGGCUCGGCCUUGCCUACCAUGUGCACGACCUCAUUGGGGCCCAGCUGGUGGACUGCGUCUCCACCACUUCCGGAACCCUCCUCCGCCUGCCAGAGACGUGAGGAUCCUGCUCAUCAGGGGGACUGAUGGAUCCCAGCGGUGCUGACCCAGGGUGGCUGAUCAGGGUCACCUGGGGAAGGCCCCGGCGCCAGCAUGAGUGCUGGGCUCAUGGGUGCCCAUGGAACUGCUGCCGCAAGCUGGAGCUGGGGCCCCUGGUGGGCUGUGGGUGUUGCUGCCCCCUGGUGGGCUGUGGGCGUUGCUGCUCUGUGUAGAACCGGGAGCUCUGCUGAGUCCGUGCCACUGCCAGUCAUCAGUGGUCCCAUCAUGAUUCUUUCCUGGGCUCCUGGGGAGACUGGGGAAGGAGGUAGAGUCCUCUGCCCUACAUGCUGGGUUGGAAUUACCAAAUAAAGCAUUGCUGCCUGUGAGGUCAGGACAUGGCGUUCA